AUGAGGAGGUACAGAGCCAGGCAGCCAUUGUCCCCGUCGAAAUACGUUCUUUUCGCUUUAAGCCCAGUCUCAAAUUAUCGGAGGAGCCCUCACACGGCAGAAAGGAAUGAGUCAGAUGACCUUGGACGGCUUCUCCCUGAAAUCAACGCUGAGGUUCCCGUUGUCGGUUAUACCCAGUCGCCGAUCAAUUUGUCUCCGACAGCCCCGCGCGUCAGUGCUCCUGUUCAUUCGAACAGCCCAGCAUCAAACGCCUAUGCGCCUUCAGCUUCCCACAAAUUGAAGUCUGCCCCCGCGGAAAGCAGUGAUCCUCUGCGCGAACGUCGCUGGACCCCACAACCGACAGCACUUGACAAGUACCUUGCAGGCCUCCGCCACCACCUGAGUAUGGAGGAGCGCCUCAGCAUUUGCAUGGCGGUGGCAAAGAACUUGCAUGAUUCAGUUGCUGCGAGAGACGGGGGCCGACUUCUUGUGCAGUCAGAAAACUGUCCCCUCCCCUCUCUACCUCCCAUUCACGAGGAAAUUGCUGCCAACUCUUCCCGCACUACCCAUGUAGGAAAGCGGCCGCGUUGCCCAACCUCUCCAAAGGGUGAACGCCCUGAACAAAGGCGUAAACCUCUCUUCCGUAUUAAGCUCCCCGUGUCUGGCGACCCCUCUCAACUCGCCGCCCCAACGACCAUCGGUGGGCAUGGAUCUCCUGGCCAGCUGGAGAUAGCUGACAGCGUCGACGCAGCUGUACUGCAGUAA